UGAUCCCAGCAUUUUAUCGCAGAUGCUCCUUUGUGACGUCACAUCAUGUUUUCUAUUGUCGAUGACGUCACAAAACGGCACACAUCAUCCAAGAUGGUUUCCAGUCAUAAGGGCCCGCCGAUCUUAGCCGGUCGGCACUCGUUGACUGACCGAGAGGUGUACUGGCUGAGUGAUGUCUUCUACAGAUCGGCCUUCUAUGUGGCUUUCUUGUCAUGGGUUAUUUGUUUAGCAGGCCCACUCCUUAUGCUUGGUAUUCCCAUACAAUUCGUGACAAGUACAAGCGCUCAGACCAGCGACCACGUGGAAAAUACUUGGGAUGACGAAAACAGGAAAGAAUGGAUUUGGCGCCAUGUGCGUAUUUUCAGGGAGUCUAUUCAGCUGCGCAAGAUGGAGAUGAGAGAUUCAGCAUCAGCGUUCAUAAUAGUUGCCUGUGUGUUGAGGAUGUGGCCCCAGACAUUCAGCCAAAUACAACUCCACUCAUAUGCAGGCCGAGUAAUAAAAAGGCGUAAUCGUGUGGCUCAAACCACAGGGCCCUACUUGAAGAAAUUUCGCCAGGGUUUGCGCCAUCUGGCGGAGGUUACAGAAACACUUCGCCUGGAGAAGGAGAAGCUCGCCCGCAGGAGGAAGAAGGUCUACACCAAGUACAGCAUGGCAGAAGAGACAUUACUUCGUGAUAUACGCAGUAAAGAAAAACUUAUCGGAUUCUUGAGGACGCAGAUGCAAUGCCAAACACUUGGGUUGAAGGAAGUGACGUCAUCGGUGAAAGUCUCGCGAGACCGACUCGAAGUACAACGAGAAGAAAACAAGUCUAUUUUAGACCAGUUAGAAUAUUUUGCCCAAAUCGCACAGUUUCGUUCGUAGUAACAAGGUGUGUGUCAUUUUGU